AGAGUUGCGUAUUAUAUGUGAGUAGAGAAAGCUGUGAAAGUAAUCGAUAACUCAGGACGUAUGUACGAAUGUACGUGGAGGCAGGGGCUAGGUUGCUCAGUCCCAUAUAUUCCACCUCCACUUCAGCAAAUUCCAAAUAAAUAGGUAGAAUAGACCACCCACCUGGCUUUAAGAUCUCCAAAAAUAUUAAAUUUUCUGCUAAAUAUCUGUAAAGUAUCCAAUGGGCAUGUAAUUUUCGUAUGUACUUCAUACACGUAGUGGAAGUGAUGGUAAUUUGUAUGCGAGUAUUAUAAAAAAAUCCCUUCCAUUUACAAGUGAGGAGCAAUAGAUACGUGGAGCCCUUUUGCAGAAUGUACCCUCAAAUUUUCGAAAUUCGACUUGAUGACGACACCACAAAAAAGUUUUACGCGGGACAAUUGGUCGAAGGAAGGGUUAUCUUGGCCCUUGGCAAAGAGAAAGUUGUGCGAGGAAUAGUCGUUCGACUAAUCGGAAAAGGAAAUGUGUAUUGGGACAACACUGGAAUCAAACAUAACACUGUUUAUCGAGAAUCUGAAACAUACGUCAACGCUACUGCCCAGUUACUUGUCCCAGAGGAUGGCAGACAAACGGUUAUGGCUCCAGGCUCCUAUGAAUACUUGUUUUCACUCCAACUUCCCCCCAAUAUUCCCAGCUCCAUUGAAGGACAACACUGCUUUGUCCGAUACUAUUUGGAAGCCGCAAUUCAACGUCCGUGGAAGGAUGACCAAAUUCAAGAAUCUGUAAUCCAUGUCACAAGUAUUUCUGACCUGUCUCCAGAGACAGCGGAACCUGCGAGCAUGCAACAAGAAAAAUUCGUGGGAUUCAACCUUUGUCAGAAAGGACCAAUUAUUCUUAACUUUAUGAUAGGCAAAACUGGCUUCGUGCCUGGAGAGUUUCUGCAAUUUGGCGUUGAAAUCCGUAAUACAUCGUCAACUAGAAUUAAUCGUGUUCACGUGUCUUUAAAACGGCAACUCACUGGCCACGCUAAAGGCGAAACAAAGUCCAGUCAUGAUAAAUUUUUACAACUGAACGGGCCACCAACUGAAGUUGGUGGAUAUCUAUUGUGGCAGAGCAACUUUGAAAUUCCUGUACUUCCACCAUCCGACUUACUUGGAUGCAACAUUAUAAGUAUUAAAUAUUAUGUGGAGAUCAAACUAGCUUUGGAGAAAUGGGUGGAUGCAAAAUUUGUCAAACAUAUUUUCAUUGGCACUUCCCAACAAUGCGUCAAGGAACAUAGGAAUUCAUCCUCCGAGUUGUUUUUUGCGAAUCAUGAAACUCCAACAAAGAAACCAAAGUCGAGGAAGACUUCGGUGGUGAUGUCGAGGAAGAACUCGAUGAUAAAGUCCCCCAUUGAAGAAUUUCGGUUCAAUGACAACGACGCUAUUUGGGGAAACGAUGACGAAGUGGAGAAUGUUGCAAUGCUAAUGUCUCCCCCGUCAGCUUCAAUAUCAGGAGAAAAUGGAUUCAUCUUUUCAUCUUCUCUGCCACCUCUUGAUUUAACUUUCUUCCAAACCAAACCUGAGAGACACCCAUUCUUUAAAUUCUACGAGGAUUGUGAUUACGAGUCUUCGUACCCUUAUCGAAACAUGUCGACGAGUAAUGUCCCUCAGCAAGCAAAUAGACCUCCACGGCCACACUCCAACCCAGGACAUCACUGGGGUCGAUCGUAUUGGGAUAACGAGGAUGAUUAAUCUUGUAUCUUGAAUUUUGUAUCGACUCGAAUCUUUCAUUUUGGCACAAGUGCAUAAAUGGGAUAAUGCGCUUAUAUGUAUGUACACGGAUGGGUGCGUGUACCGCCGAAUUUGUUGUUCAUCAACUUAAUCACAGGAACAGUAAAUAUUAAUUAAGGUCUUGUUAUAUAAUUUUACUUUCUAAAAUAAGAAACAACAUUCACAAAUCUG